UUUAUGAUAAGUCAUCAUAAUGUCUUUCAGAAUGUGCGUCGACCGCUUCUCAGUGACCGCUGUGACCUUUCUGCUCCUGUUUCCUGGCUUUUACUCCACCAUGGCUGUGACAACCUUACAGAGUUUUCGUGGCUGCGCGGUACGUGAAUUUACUUUUGCGGCAAAGAAGCCUGGAUGCAGGAGUCUGCGCAUAAGCACUGAGGCGUGCUGGGGCCGCUGCCACACCUGGGAGAGGCCAGUCCUGGAGCCGCCGUAUAUCCAGAGGCACCAUAGUGUCUGCACCUACAGCCGUACACGCCACCUGACAGCACGUUUACCAGGCUGUGGCCCUGGCAUCUCCCCCGUCUAUCAUUACCCUCAGGCCUUACAGUGUGACUGCACCUACUGCUCCUCAAACCACACAGAGUGUGAGACGUUUUAAAGGCACACACACAAACCAUCUUUGCUUAUUUUGCCAAAAA